AUGUUAUCAUACCAAUUGGUCUAUGUCAAGGCAUGUCACUUGACGAUUAAAUUAGAGCACAAGGCAUUGAGGGCAUACAAGAGGCUAAAUUUGAAUUGGAAUGAAGCAGCAGAAUUGCGACUGCGGCAGCUAAAUGAGAUGGACGAGUUUUGUCUUGGGGUUUAUGAAAGAGCAGACUUGUACAAAGGGAAGAUGAAGAAGUACCAUAACCGAAGGAUAGAAAAGUGCGACUUUCAAAAAGGUGAUUGGGUACUCUUCCUCAAUUCUAGACUGAAGCUUUUUCUAGGUAAACUUAAAUCAAAGUGGUCUAGCCCAUUCAAAGUUAACCAAGUCUACUUAUCUGGAGUAGUGGAACUUGUAAAUGAGGGCAAAAGUGUCUUCAAGGUUAACGGGAAAUGA